CGGCAGCAGCGAGGCGGCCUCGGGCCAGCGGCUUCCGCGGGGCGCCGGCGGGGCGGGAGGGCAGAGGAGGGGCCCCGCGGCGCCUCCGCGGCUUCGCAGCGGCCCGGACACCCCGCCGGGGGAGGGGGCAGCCGCCGCCGGGCCCUGGCUCCUGAUCUCCCGCGUCCCCCCCGCCCUGCGCCCGGCCCCCGGGGAAGCCGCCCCCCCCCCGGCCGGUCCCUCCUCCCCUCCCCUUCCCCCGAGCGGGCGCCGCCGCCGAGAUUGGGCGAAUAGCGAGCAAAUACGUGCGCGUCUCGCUGCCGCCUCCGGCCGCCCGCUCGCUGCCCGCCGCGGCCCCGCCGCAGCCCCCCGAGGCCGCUGCUCAGCGCCGGCCGCUGCCCAGGCCCCGCCGCUCCUCCGCCCCUUCCCCUCCCGCCGCAGGCCCGCAGCCCCCAGCAGGACAGGCCCAGGCCGCCGCCGCCGAGCCCGCGCCCCAGCCCGACAUGAACCACCACCAGCAGCAGCAGCAGCACCAGAAGCCCGGGGAGCAGCAGCUGAGCGAGCCCGAGGACAUGGAGAUGGAAGCUGGAGAUACAGAUGAUCCUCCAAGAAUUACUCCAAAUCCUGUCAUUAAUGGGAAUGUAGCAAUGGCUGAUGGACAUAACAACACUGAAGAAGACAUGGAAGAUGACACAAGUUGGCGGUCAGAAGCAACAUUUCAGUUUACAGUUGAACGCUUCAACAGGUUGAGUGAGUCAGUCCUCAGCCCUCCCUGCUUUGUACGGAAUUUACCAUGGAAGAUCAUGGUUAUGCCACGGCUUUACCCAGACAGACCACACCAAAAAAGUGUAGGAUUUUUCCUUCAAUGCAAUGCUGAAUCUGAUUCCACGUCAUGGUCUUGUCACGCACAAGCAGUUCUCAAGAUAAUAAACUACAAGGAUGAUGAAAAAUCAUUCAGUCGUCGUAUUAGUCAUUUGUUCUUUCAUAAGGAAAAUGACUGGGGCUUUUCCAACUUUAUGGCCUGGAGUGAAGUUACCGAUCCUGAAAAAGGUUUUAUAGAAGAGGACAAAGUUACUUUUGAAGUCUAUGUUCAAGCAGAUGCUCCACACGGAGUGGCGUGGGAUUCAAAGAAGCACACAGGAUAUGUUGGGUUAAAGAACCAGGGAGCAACUUGUUACAUGAACAGUUUGUUACAGACUUUAUUUUUCACAAAUCAGCUACGAAAGGCUGUGUACAUGAUGCCCACAGAAGGAGAUGAUUCAUCUAAAAGUGUUCCUUUAGCAUUGCAACGAGUAUUUUAUGAGCUGCAGCAUAGUGACAAACCAGUUGGAACUAAAAAGUUAACAAAAUCUUUUGGGUGGGAAACUUUAGACAGCUUCAUGCAACAUGAUGUCCAGGAAUUAUGUCGAGUGCUUCUUGAUAAUGUGGAGAAUAAAAUGAAAGGCACAUGUGUAGAAGGCACUAUUCCUAAAUUGUUCAGAGGGAAGAUGGUGUCUUACAUCCAAUGCAAACAUGUAGACUAUCGAUCUGAACGAAUAGAAGAUUAUUAUGACAUCCAGCUAAGUAUAAAGGGAAAGAAAAAUAUAUUUGAGUCCUUCAUUGACUAUGUUGCAGUGGAGCAGUUGGAUGGUGAUAACAAAUAUGAUGCAGGAGAACAUGGCUUGCAGGAGGCAGAGAAAGGUGUGAAGUUCCUAACAUUGCCACCAGUAUUACACCUCCAACUUAUGAGAUUUAUGUAUGAUCCUCAAACUGACCAAAAUAUCAAGAUAAAUGAUAGGUUUGAAUUUCCUGAACAGUUGCCACUAGAUGAAUUUUUGCAAAAAACAGAUCCUAAAGAUCCUGCUAAUUACAUUCUUCAUGCAGUUCUAGUACACAGUGGAGAUAACCAUGGUGGACAUUAUGUUGUUUACUUAAAUCCAAAGGGGGAUGGCAAAUGGUGUAAAUUUGAUGACGAUGUUGUAUCAAGAUGUACAAAGGAAGAAGCAAUUGAACACAAUUAUGGAGGUCAUGACGACGACUUGUCUGUACGGCAUUGUACUAAUGCGUACAUGUUGGUUUACAUCAGGGAAUCAAAAUUAAGUGAGGUUUUGCAGCCUGUCACGGACCAUGAUAUUCCUCAACAACUCGUAGAAAGGCUACAAGAAGAAAAAAGAAUAGAGGCUCAGAAGAGGAAAGAAAGGCAGGAAGCUCACCUCUAUAUGCAAGUGCAGAUAGUGGCAGAGGAUCAGUUCUGUGGUCACCAAGGCAAUGAUAUGUAUGAUGAAGAAAAAGUGAAAUACACUGUUUUCAAAGUAUUAAAAAACUCCACGCUUACGGAAUUUGUUCAAAAUCUUUCUCAAACAAUGGGAUUUCCACAGGAUCAAAUCAGAUUAUGGCCAAUGCAAGCUAGAAGUAAUGGAACAAAAAGACCUGCGAUGUUAGAUAAUGAAGCAGACGGCAAUAAAACGAUGAUUGAACUCAGUGACAAUGAAAAUCCAUGGACAAUAUUUUUGGAAACAGUAGAUCCAGAGAUGGCUGCUACUGGAGCAACAUUACCCAAGUUCGAUAAAGACCAUGACGUAAUGUUGUUUCUGAAGAUGUAUGAUCCGAAAACUCGGAGUUUGAAUUAUUGUGGACAUAUCUACACACCUAUAUCCUGUAAAAUACGUGACUUGCUUCCAGUUAUGUGUGAGAGAGCAGGAUUUCCACAAGAAACUAACCUUAUCCUCUAUGAGGAAGUUAAACCCAAUUUAACAGAAAGGAUUCAAGACUAUGAUGUAUCUCUUGAUAAGGCUCUUGAUGAACUCAUGGAUGGUGACAUCAUAGUGUUUCAGAAGGAUGACCCAGAAAAUGAUAACAGUGAGCUACCAACAGCUAAAGAAUACUUCAGAGACCUAUAUCAUCGUGUGGAUGUCAUUUUCUGUGAUAAAACCAUCCCCAAUGACCCUGGAUUUGUUGUUACUUUAUCCAAUAGGAUGAAUUACUUUCAGGUUGCAAAGACAGUUGCGCAAAGACUUAAUACAGAUCCAAUGCUAUUACAGUUUUUCAAGUCCCAAGGUUAUAGGGAUGGCCCUGGUAAUCCUCUUAGACAUAAUUAUGAAGGUACUUUAAGAGAUCUUCUCCAGUUCUUCAAGCCUAGGCAACCUAAGAAACUUUACUAUCAACAACUCAAAAUGAAAAUAACUGAUUUUGAAAACAGAAGAAGUUUUAAAUGCAUAUGGCUAAAUAGCCAGUUUAGGGAAGAGGAAAUAACACUAUAUCCAGACAAGCAUGGGUGUGUACGGGACCUGUUAGAAGAAUGUAAAAAAGCUGUAGAACUCUCUGAAAAAGGUUCAGGGAAAUUAAGGCUGCUAGAAAUUGUAAGUUACAAAAUAAUUGGCGUCCAUCAGGAAGAUGAGCUGUUAGAGUGUUUGUCACCUGCAACAAGUCGAACGUUUCGAAUAGAGGAAAUUCCUCUGGACCAGGUAGAUAUAGAUAAAGAAAAUGAGAUGCUAAUCACAGUGGCACAUUUCCACAAAGAGGUUUUUGGGACAUUUGGAAUUCCAUUCUUGCUAAGGAUACACCAGGGUGAACACUUCAGAGAGGUUAUGAAGCGGAUUCAGACAAUGCUGGACAUACAAGAAAAAGAAUUUGAAAAGUUUAAAUUUGCCAUUGUAAUGAUGGGCCGACACCAAUAUCUCAAUGAAGAUGAGUAUGAAGUGAACUUGAAAGAUUUUGAGCCCCAACCUGGCAACAUGUCUCAUCCAAGGCCAUGGCUAGGGCUUGACCAUUUCAAUAAAGCCCCAAAGAGAAGUCGCUACACUUACCUUGAAAAAGCUAUUAAAAUCCAUAACUGACUUACUUAACCAGAUUGUCAAGGCAAGGGACAAACAUAAGUGUGUGUGUGCACCUUUUUAACAACUGUAGAACUUUGGUACACGUGCACUAUAUCUGAAGUCUUCAGCAAGAGGAUUUGCUGCUGAUGUUAAUUUUAUUUUGUUGAGGCUGUUCAGUUUGGCUUCUCUGUAUCUAUUGACUGCCCUUUUUGAGCAAAAUGAAGGUGUUUUUAUAAAGCUUGGAUGCCAAUGAGAGUUAUUUUAUGGUAAACGUAAUGCAAGGCAAUUGUCAGCAUAAUGAGGGAAGAGUUUAGUAGAACAGUUGACAUUGGCAAAAUAUUUGUCUGUAGUACGUUUAUAGAUGGCAUAAGCUGGCUGGCUGCCCUUCUUGGUGUGGUAUUCACCAUCACUGCAGCUAGUAAGUCUUAUGUUUAGACUCACAUCAGAUUUAUUUCCUUCAGUUAUACUUUAAAUGACAUUUUUGUGCAUUUGUAAAUGCAAAAAACUCACAUCAAUAAAUAGCAAUCUCUA